AUCUACAUGAGAAAAUAAUUUUGAAAAAAUCGAUAAAAAAUGAACGAUCGAGUGAAAAUUCGAUGGAAGGAGGCUAAGGAGAGAAUUGGAAACGCAUAUCACGAUUAUGGACGAUUAUGUGCCGCCCAUCCAAAAGCCUGCCUCUCAAUGUCCCUUCUCACAAUGAUUGUCCUCUCAUAUCCAACAAUCACACGUCUCCGUCUACCAGUCAGCACUCCGAUUGAUGUAUUUUGGAGUGAACAUUUACAUGUUAAUGACAAAAUCGCCCCCUUCUGGAUAAAUGAAAAUCCGGCAUCAUACAUCCAGCAAUUCAUUGUCUCCACUACAAUAUCUCCAUGGAAUGCAACAGAAAUGGGACCGGAGCAUGCUGUUCGUGCGGCAAUUGCGACGGCUUUUCGAAUUCGUCAAAUUCUGCUCGCAGAGCCCGCUGUCGAAGAACUAUGCCUUCGGCUAGCAAAUCAGAGACAAGACUCCUCAUGGCCAUUUCGUUCAAAAUCACUCUGUGUUGUACUCUCGCCCGCCAGUAUUUGGUACAAUAAUCUGCAAAAAUUUCGAGAAGACGAUGACACAAUCACUACGGUUUUUAAUGAGCAUUGUAAAUCCACGUUUUGCAUGAGAGAUUUGUUGUUGGGAGCACCUAUUGCAGCGACAGGCAUUAAGCAGAAAUAUCAGACGAAUCGAAAAAGAAAAAUCGAAUUCGCUGUGACCAUGUUUUUUGCAAGAUAUAGCAAGAAGGUUAUUCAAGGAAUAAGAGAGAAACUGCAAAAAGAAUUUGAAUUAGUUGACACUCCGCCUAACGAUCAACGAACAUUUGUUCAGGUGUACUUCCAUCCACUCAAGACUUUUUCAGAUUAUAUUCCACUGAUAUCGACUUAUUUCGUUUGCAUGAUCUACGUCUACUAUUCUUCUCGUAAAAUUCAAAUGGUUGCAUCUCGAUGGGGACUUGCUUUUGCCUCUUCAUUUACUGUUGCAUCGACACUUCUUAUGACAACUGGAAUAUGUGCUCAUUUAGAUUUGAGUACGACCACUUGGGGUUCCGAAGUAUACCCAUAUAUUGCAUUGAUUAUGGGAUUAGAGAACACUUUGUGUAUAACUCGAAGCGUUGUUUAUACAUCUCCAUCAUUGGAUGUUUCAUCAAGAAUUGCACAUGGAUUAUCACAAGAAGGAUAUAAAUUAACUAAAUAUUAUAUUCUAGAGCUUCUCGCGUUGCUUAUCGGAUUUUUAACGAGAAUAUCUGAUAUUCAAGAAUUCUGCCAGUUUAGUGUCAUUUGUGUGACUGUCGAUUUUUACAUGCAGCUCUUCUUCUAUGCACCAUGUCUGACGUUUGAUCUACAACGCCUUGGGCUCGAGGAAAAACGGAAAUUCGCAGAAAUUCUACUCUAUGAAGAGAUUCCACGUCUCAAAAACUAUGCACCUGUCAGCUGUCCGAUGCGAAAAAUCUGGCCCAAAUUGUUCGUAAUGAAGAAAAUGCAAAAACGGCGAGUUUCGGAUUCUGGUAUAGAAGAUGUGAUGAAGAAUGAUGAACAACGUCGACUACUGAUUUCAUCUGAAUUUGAUUCAAAAGAUGAUGGAGAUGUUCAAGAGCCAAGGCCUGAGGAUAGUGUUCGAAUGAAAAUAAUGUAUUUUAUAACAAGAACUCGAAUUGUUCAACGAACUAUUUUGGUAGUUUUUGCGAUUUGGACUGUCUUCUUGGUUUUCUUUGUUGGUUCAAGACAAUUGGGAAUGGAGAGUAAUUUGACGAAUCAAUCGAUUGAAAGUCUUACAAGAUCUCAUCGAAUUCUGUCAACUGCGAAUUUGCAAUACGGAAAUUGGCAGAGAAGGACUUAUAAAUGGUGGCCUCCAGUUGCUCAUGAAUACAACAUUUCUUUAAACUCUCGUUAUGUCACUUUCCUUCCUCCAAUCGUUAUCAAUGCAAUCGUACAUCCAACUGAUAUUUUAUUGCAAAAUGUGGAGAAGACGCAUGUGAAUGUACCAAAUGAAGAGGAAGAUGCUCCAAUUCUUCGAUCCAGGAUUGAUUGGCUCGAAAUGCAGUUGAAAAUGUAUCUGGCAGCAUUCUGGUUGCUUCUCAUAACUACAGUAAUCUCGUUUUUUGCCUAUGUCUUUUUGAUCGAUCGAUGGAAACUUCGAGGUGUGAAACAGAUUCAAGAACAACAAAUGAGUGAAACCACGACAGACUCCAGUGAAACUGUUAAAAACUUUGUGGAUACGCUUCCAAUAGUCUACCAGGGACAUCGAUUCCCAAUAGAAUCAGUUGCAAUAGAUCCAGAAGACACAUCAACAUUUGUUUCGUGUUGUCAAGAAGGCGUUGUAUAUGUUUGGAAUACACAAACUGGUCAGAGAACUCUCAGAAUCAAUCGGCUCCGAGCAGUACCGGAGAAGGGAAAAGAGAUUCCAAGUGCUCCAAAAAUAUGGGCAAUUGCUAAAAGAAAUGAUAUCGUCAUUCUUGGAUGCUGCGAUGGAAGCAUCGAAAUUGCAAGCAUAUCUCGAAAUAAGCUCAUUGGAUUAUACACUAAAUCAACAAUUGGAGCAUCGCAUGUAGUUUGUAGGGAAGAUGACGUGGCAGUUGUUCGUUUGGAUGGAUCAAUCGAGUUUCUAAGAAUUGACUACGACAGGACAGAUGGCACUAUCCGUGUUCGGAAGAUCGAGCUUCUCAAGUCAGUCCGUGCGCAUCAGAAACCAGUUUGUCGAAUUGCGAUUUGGAAAUCCCAACUGAUUACGUCUUCAUUCGACAGAAGUAUUAAAAUGUGGAAUUGGGCUGAGAAUCCGGAGCAAAUCGACAUUUCAAAUGUUUUUCUGGCUCACAACUCUCCAGUUGUCAAUCUAGCAGUUGAUGAGGCAACUUCAAUAAUGUAUUCGUCGUGUGAAGAAGGUGUAAUUUGUUGGUGGAAUCUUAAUACAGGAGAACUUAUUCGAACAAAUGAUAAUAAUUACACGUGGGCUUUUCAACUUGCCACGUCUUCAGAUUAUCUUCUGGGAUUCUAUGGAUCAUCUCAAUUGUAUAUGUGGAAUGUUGAAAAUGGGCAAUUGGCAUGUAGAGUUUCAGAUGCUUUGGGCGAUGGAACGAGCGAAGACACUUUAUAUACUGUCGGAAGCAGUGGAGUAGUGUCAUUUGAUGAUCAAGUCGCUGCGACAACUUCAUCAGAUUCUGUAACAUUUUGGGAUUUGAAGCAUCGAGCGAUUAUUGGAAAAGUCAAGCUGAACGGAAAGAUCAGUUCUAUGCGAAAAAACACGAGUCACAGCGUUUUGUGUGGAGUUGACAAUUCAAUGUAUUCAGUUACCGUACCACUUGUUCGAUUCAAGUGAAUCUAUUAGAUAUUACUUAGUUUUUGAAAUCUUGCCUUUUAUGUGCCUUUUUCACCUAUUUCAGGAAUAUUCAUGUGAUAUUAUAUACGAACACUUACUGACCUCAUUUACAGUUUAACUGAAUUUGUUUUCAAUUUGUAUAAAUCAAAGUUUUUUUUC